AUGGAAUGUCCAUUGGUCGGCUUGGGCACAUGGCAGGGCCAAUACGGCACCUUGGCGGCGCAGCAACUCGAGGACAGCAUCAUCCACGCCUUGCACCACGGGUACCGGCUGAUUGACACGGCGCAAUACUACGGCGUGGAAAAGGUCGUAGGCUCUGCGAUUCGCAAGUCCGGGGUGCCCCGGUCGUCGAUCAUUGUCAUUACCAAGUUCUGGUCGCAUUGGCACCAUGAUCCGGCUGCGGCGCUGCGCCAGUCCCUCGCCGACCUCGACAUUGACUACAUCGACAUCUUCAUGAUGCACUGGCCGACCCUCAUGCUGAAGGAGGGCGUUCCAGAGCCGUGGGGUACGAAGCCCGAUUUUAUCGACACGUGGAUCAUGAUGGAGGACCUGCUCUUGGACGAGUCGCUGGGCCUGAAAGACCAGGUCAGGGGCUUGGGAGUCAGCAAUUUCACUCGAAAGCUACUCGAGCCCUUGCUGGAGCGGUGUAGGCUCAAGCCACUGGUCAACGAGGUCGAGUUGCAUGCCAUGAAUCCGAAUCUAAAGCUUGUGCCGUGGUGUCAGAAGAACGGAAUCCAGGUCAUUAGCUGGAGCACCCUGGGAUCCGAACGAGUCAACGAACGGAAUCAGAUUCUAACACAUCCGCUCUUUACAAACAUUGCCUCCAAGCACGCCUGCUCCGUCGGCGUUGUCUCCCUUUCUUGGGCAGUACAGCGGGGUGUUAUUGUCAUUCCGAAGUCGUCGUCGCUGAAGCGCAUCGAGGAUAACAUCAAACUGGUUGAGCUCACCAAGGAAGAAAUGGAGGAGCUCAACAACGCCGAGAAGACGGUCGGCCGCAUGAGGCUAAGUGACACGAUUCCAGGGAUCCAAUACAAGAUGCCGGAUGGGCGAGACACCAUUCUAGGGUGGACGAAAGUAGAAUUUGGGUGGGAAGAUGAGAAGGGCGAGUGGUUGUGCUGA